AUCGCGACAGACUCCCGGUGACUGCUCGGAUGCGCCCGAGUUCUUUAUUAGCCACCUCCCUCUACCGCAUUCCCGGAUAUUUUGUCUCAAUCCGCACCAUGUCCGACGGCAUCGCCGACCUCAGCGCGACGCCCGCCGAGGGGCAGCGAAUCAAGCACAACAAUGUCGUCUACACCACGGUCAAGGAGGGUCUCGCCCACAUUCUGAUCCCAGCGGACUCCGCAAAGCCAGGGGAGUCUGUGCAGCAGGUCUUCUACAACCCGAUCCAGCAGUUCAACCGCGACUUGACUGUACUCGCCAUCAAGGCCUACGGAAAAGAGCGCAUGCAGCAGAAGCAAGCCGCCAUCAAAGCCCGCAGUGGCAAGUUCGCAGAAAAGAAGAGGAAGAGGAAGGAGCAGGUUCAGGGCGAACGUCCCGCCAAAUCUCCCAAGCUGUCUGGCACGGAAGCGGAAUCGAUCGAGCAGGCGGAUAUCCAGAUGCAAGACGGGACGGAGGAGCAGACGGCCGAGAAGCCCACUGACGCCGAGCAGCUGGAAAGCGCUCCGGCAGAGCGGCAGACAGAGGCCAGCACAGACGAUGGCAAGGUCAAGGAGAUUACCUCCACAUUCACCAUCCUCGACGCGCUCUCCGCCAGCGGCCUCCGUGCCCUGCGGUACGCGCGCGAGAUACCGUUUGCCACGACUGUGACUGCGAACGACAUUCUCAAGGCGGCGGCAGAGGCGAUCGAGCGGAACGCUGCUCAUAACAAGCUCAGCAACAAGAUCAGCGUCUCGAUAGACGAUGCGCUGGCUCAUAUGUACGGCGUCGUAGUGCGGGAACUGCGGAAGAUUGCACUGGGAAAGGGCAAGCCAGGGCCGAGCGAGAAGUAUGACGUGAUCGACUUGGAUCCCUACGGAAGCGCUGCUCCUUUCCUGGACGCUGCAGUGCAGGCUGUGCGAGACGACGGCGGCCUGCUCUGCGUCACCUGCACGGACUCGGGCGUAUGGGCAUCGAACGGCUACCCGGAGAAAUGCUAUGCCCUGUACGGCGGCAUCCCGAUCAAGGGCUGGUACUCGCACGAAGUUGGGAUCCGGCUCAUUCUGCACGCCAUUGAGAGUUCGGCGGCAAAAUACGGUCUCUCGAUGGAGCCCCUGCUGUCGCUGUCGGUUGACUUCUACAGCAGGGUGUUUGUCCGAAUCAGGAAGUCGCCGUCAAUGGUCAAGUUCCAGGGAGGAAAAAACAUGGUGCUCUACAGCUGCGGCCAGGGCUGCGGUUCCUGGACGACACAGCUCCUCAUGAAGAACAAACCCGCACCGAACAAGAAGGGCAGCGGGAUCUUCUACAAACAUGGGUUUGCCGGUGCGCCAACGGCGGGCAGGUCCUGCGAGCACUGUGGGUCGACCAUGCAUCUUGCGGGACCCAUGUACGCCGGGCGUAUUCACUCAGCGGAGUUCAUCAAGAGCGUGAUCGCUGAGGUGGAGGAAGCGUCCAAAGAGGUGUAUGGCACCAAGGACAGGAUGAGGGGCACCUUGACCGAGGCCCAGGCGGCCGCAAUCGACCCGUACCCCUUUUACUUCCACCCGGCACAGGUGUCGGGCAUCCUGCAUUGCGCCAGCCCUCCAGAGAAUGCGCUGAGGGGCGCGCUGAUCGGCCUCGGCUACCGCGUCACCAGAAGCCACUGCAAACCUGGCAGCAUGAAGACGGAUGCGCCGUGGUCUAUCAUCUGGCAUAUCUUUAGGGAAUGGAUCCGCCAGAAGGCGCCCAUUAAGGAGGAGAACAUCAAGCCCGGCAGCGUCGCCUUCCGGCUCCUGGGAUUGGGGAAGAAGGCCGCCCAGAGUCCAAGGCCUGAGGAGCCGGCAUCAGCAGUUGAUGACAAGGAAGCGGACCCAGCCGAAGGGUCACAGUCCAACGGGCAAGCAGUGGAAAAUGGCAAGGACAAGGUGCCGGAGGUCGUCUUCGACGAGACGCUUGGACGUCUCCAGGAGAAGACCAAGUAUGUCCGAUACCAGAUGAACCCGAGGGAGAACUGGGGUCCGAUGAACAGGGCCAAAGGGAAGUGAGAACUCGGGCGUAGACGGGCUCUUCGUACUGCGUCGUUGAUGAUGGAAUCGACACCCGGCAGAUCGGAUGAAGCAAGGCGCAGUCACCUAAAGAUCUACGCGUAAAAGGAACGUCCGCCGAAAGGUCAGUUUAGUUUCGCCGUUUCCUUGUCCGGCCCAGCGUCGUAUUCCACCGGUAGGCCCACCCCGUCGCUUCCGAUAGAACCCCGCGACGGUGAUAACGCAAUUUAGCGCCGUCUGACACAUGAAUGGCGAAGGAUCCGGCCCAGGCA